GCUGACGAAACUGAUUUUCAUUAUGUUUUUUGAUUCGCAGAUACCGUUACGUAAUUCAGUGGUCAACGUGUACGUAUAUGCUAAUUAAUGUAAAAACCGGCAGAGCACUAUUGGGGUUUCAUAGAGGUGACAUCUUGCGAUGUUCGCCUACUAAUUUUUCGUGCAGAAUGCCUCAUUUCACAAUGAGAUAAUUCGUAUUUCAACAGUAUAUCCUGCCAAGAAAUUGAAUAAAAUCAGACUACGGUCUUAUAUGAUUCCAAGCGGGAUAUUCUGUGGCUGAGUCAUCUUUCUUACGAGCAAUCCAACAAUUCAAUUUCCUACUGCUAACCUGGGAUACGAUAGGAAAGAUGACGUCGACUGAUGAAAGUAACCUGAAGUUCAAGCGAAGGGGUGCCAAGUCCAGAUUCACGAGAUUCGGCAAGGCUACAGAGCAACUGAUAGAUGGCGGCCGAAGUAGGGCGGAGGCACAGAAAUCCUUCGAGAAGUAUGAGCAGGCAUACCAUGAAGUGGAAGAUGCUCAUGACAAGUUUACUAUGACCAUCAAAGACGAAGCAGAGUAUGAUAGAGAGGACGUCUGGAUGGAAGAUGUUCAGAAUGAUUUCUCGAAGUUACAGUGCAAGUUCAUUGACUACGUCAAGGUUGAUGAAAGUGCUUCGUCAAGUCCUACAGGGGAAGACACCACGGUCAGUGUUCUUCCUGGUCAUCAAGGAUUUGCUCAGGAAAGCAUGAGCCACUUCAAGAUCGAAAGACCAAGGCUCCCAAAGUUCAGUGGAGACAUCCGUGAGUACUGCAUCUUUAAGUCAGAUUUUGAACAUGUCAUAGGUAGCAGAUGUAGCUCCAGAGAUGCUAUGAUGAUUCUUCGUUCAUGCCUUCAGGGCAAACCACUGCAACUUAUCCAAGGUAUUGGACAGGACUACGCGGCUGCCUGGGAGCAACUAGAUACCAUUUAUGGGGAUUCUAGAUAUGUGGCGGACACCAUCAUCAGCGACAUAUCUAAGUUUAGGCCACUGAAAGAGGGUGAAGAUGCCAGGUUCUGCGACCUGGUCCAUCUGGUAAGGAGAAGCUUCAACACCCUGAACGAGAUCGGGAAGCAGAACGACAUGAACAACAGUCACAUGCUGGCCAUAAUAGAGAGAAAGAUGUGUCCAGAUGAUCGGAGGUUAUGGUUCCGAGACCAAGAUGGCAGUUCGGAGACGACUCUUCAUUCUCUAAUGAACUGGAUGGCGAAGGAGAUGCGAGCUCGCAUGAGGUCAUCAGCUCCUCUUCGUAGUGAAGCCAAGUCCAGCAUAGUGAACAUGGUCUCCACGGCAGAGGAGAAACCAUCCAUGAACCAGUCCACAAAGGAGUUUAAGUGCUGGGUCUGCAAAAGUUAUACUGGACAUUGGACAGAUCAGUGUAGGGAUUUCAUCUCCAAAUCGGCACCUGAACGAUGGGAGAUGGUAAAGAGCAGUCGUGCCUGCUACAGCUGUUUGAAGAAAGCUGGACGAGACCACGUGAUGAGUAACUGCAACAGGCGACGCCGUUGUAGUGAAUCCAGGAACGGAGUGCAGUGCACAUGGUAUCAUCAUCCGUUACUUCAUACUGAAAGGAGCAUAGUUGAGGAAGGAGGAUUGGUGAAACAAGUGGGAGUAGCUACGGUCAUUGCAAAUGAAUGUCUCCUUCCCGUGACGAUAGUGGAUGUGAUAUCUAAACGAACUAUGCAGCAAGGAAAUCUGCUAUUGGAUUCUGGUGCUGAGAUAAGCCUUAUUCGUAAAGGUUUUGCAGAGAGGCUCAAGCUUAAGGGAACGCCAAUAACCAUAACAAUGGUCAAGAUUGGACGAGAUGAGGAGGUUCUCCAAACUCUCAAGUAUCGGAUACCCAUCAGAGAAGCAGGGAAAAGCACCAUGCCUAUUAUGAUUGACGCUAUAGGCAUACACUGCAUAAGUGGGGACAUUACAGCAGUAGACUUGGGCCUUCUAUCGAAGAAGUUUGGACUGAAGGAGCAAGAGUUGAAGCGAGGUACUGGAGCAGUCGACCUCCUAGUGGGCAUAGAUCAUGCCAGACUCCAUGGCGGAGAAGUUAGAGAGGUUGGACAUUUAGCAGCUCGCAGAUCUCCAGUAGGAUGGGUGGUGUUUGGGAAAGGACCCACUGACCGUGUCAGCUCCAGUUCAGUACUUCACAUAAAGAUCUCAAGUCAGGUGGAUCUUUUACCAGAUAACAAGAUCUUGGUGACUACAGAAAAGAGACCGGAAAGAAAUGAGAAGUAUGCAUCUGCAUACAAAGAGCAGAUGAGAGAAAUGGAAGACCUGAAAUUCUCCAGAAAGCUGUCGGAGGAUGAGAAGGAUGAGAAGGAUGAGAAGGAUUUGCAAGAGUAUUCUGAGGUUAAACCAGAAUGGAGCCUCAGCAAGAGAAAGAUCUUGAAGCAGAUAGCACAAGUAUUUGACUCACUCAGCUUUGCAGCAGCCUUCCUGAUCCGUGCCAAGAUUGGGAUACAGAGCCUUUUGGGAAAGGGCUAUGACUGGGAUGAGAUGCUGCCAGAAGCAGACCAGAAGUGGUGGAUAGCCUUUUUCAAGGAGAUGAAGGAGUUAGAUGAGGUUAAGUUUGAAAGAAGCCUCACACCAUCAACAAUGAUUAUCAAUCAUCCAAUGCUGUGUAGAUUUGCAGAUGCAUCCCAGAAUGCUUUCGGAGCAUGCGUCUAUCUGAGGUGGCAGCUUGAGAACGGUGAUUAUGAUGUCAGAUUUGCAGAUGUAUCCCAGAAUGCUUUCGGAGCAUGCAUCUAUCUGAGGUGGCCGCUUGAUAACGGUAAUGAUGUAAUGGCCAAGUCCAGAGUGGCCCCAUUAAAGAAGAUGACCAUACCCAGAUUGGAACUACAAGCAGCAGUUAUGGCUACACGACUCUUCACUACUGUCAUGAAGGAGCUGAGACUGCAAGUUGAACAGGUGAUGUUCAUGACAGAUAGCAGGAUUGUUCUACCGUGGGUACGGAGGAAGAGAAAACGCUUUAAGACGUUUGUAGCAGUAAGGAUAGCAGAGGUUCAAAGUCAGUCUGAUCCUGCCCAGUGGAGAUAUGUUCCAGGUAAUCAGUACCCUGCCGAUGAUGUGUCAAGAGGUCUUCCAGCAGCAAAGUUAGGACACAGAUGGCAGCAAGGCUCAGAGUUCCUGUACUCUACAGAAAGUGAGUGGCCUCAGGAUAGACACGGCAGAGUUGCAGCCACAACUGGGAAAGUGAGAAAGCAGUGUUGUAUCUUGCAGGGACACAGACUUUUUAGAAGUAGCCAACCUGGUUAAUCAACGUCCUAUUGGUAGGAUUCCUAACGACACUGAUGAAGGAAGCUACUUGUGUCCAAACGACAUGCUACUAGGGAGAGCUUCGCGCCAAGUACCACAGGGUCCAUUCAAAAGUUCAGGAAAUCCAAGACAUCGAGUUGAAUAUGUUCAACAAAUCGUCGACUCCUUUUGGCAACGUUGGACGAGAGAUGUUCUACCUCUACUGGUGCCAAGGAGAAGGUGGAAUGCAGACCGUCGAAAUGUUCGCGUCGAUGACGUCGUAAUGUUAGCAGAUGCUAAUGCAGUCCGCGGAAAGUGGCUUCUGGGUCGGGUAAUACAAGUGUACCCUGGUCCAGAUGGGAGAGUUCGAAAUGUUAAAGUGAAAACCGCUUCGGGAGAAUACCGUCGCCCGAUCGGCAGAAUCGCUAUUAUAUACCCUGCAGAAGGAUAUGAAGACGAGUGAGGGUUUUUUUGUGUGCAUUAAUACAGAGGAUAGCGGAAAUUGAUAGAAAUGCAUUUUGCAUUCCAGUGAAGAGUUUAAUUUGUGCAACACAGUUAAAAGCAUAAUUGAUGGAAAUUUCUUUUGAAAUGAAGGUUAUUUUUGAUAUGAUAAGAAGCAUAUAGCAAUUUUACACAGUUUCAGCAGCUUUACUCGCGACCUACUCUACUCGCGACCAGCUAUAUUCGCGACCAGCUAUAUUCGUGACCAGCUCAACUCGCGUUCAGAUGUAUUCGUGACCAGUUCUACUCACGAUCGGUUCUACUCGUCUCGUGAUCAAAUUUAUUCGCGACCAUUUUAGCCGCGACAGGUUUUUCUUCUCGCGAUCGGUUUUUUAUCAACCAGUGUUGUUGUUUGUAAAGAAUUACAAGAUGUUUUUUUUUGUAAAUCGCUAGCAUCAUAUGACUGAAGUUGACUUUAAAACAGUUUACCAGUGAAUUUUUGCAACAAUGACAUUUAUUGUAAACGUUUUUUCAGAUAGUUGAUUCAAAAGUUUAUACAUGUAAUUGAUAUUACCUUCUGGCAUUUUGAUACAGAUAUUGAUAUAUUGAUUUAUGUAUUGAGGCAAGGCCUCAUAGGCGGGGGGAGGAUGUUUCGCUGACGAAACUGAUUUUCAUUAUGUUUUUUGAUUCGCAGAUACCGUUACGUAAUUCAGUGGUCAACGUGUACGUAUAUGCUAAUUAAUGUAAAAACCGGCAGAGCACUAUUGGGGUUUCAUAGAGGUGACAUCUUGCGAUGUUCGCCUACUAAUUUUUCGUGCAGAAUGCCUCAUUUCACAAUGAGAUAAUUCGUAUUUCAACAGUAUAUCCUGCCAAGAAGUGAGUACAGCUUGGUGUGAAUGUGUUUUUAGAAUGUUUUAUGCAGACAUGAAAUUAUGGAUGUUUUCUUAUUUGUUUGAAACGAAAUGGAAUUUCGCUCAGUGAAAGUGUACACGUGUAAAGUUGAUAGUCUUGUGUGCGGAGCAUUUGAUAUAAAGUAGAUAUUUGACAUGUAUUUGAUACAUUGCUAAGAAUAAGCUGUAUAUAAAUAUUAAAGGGCAUUAUUUUCAGGGUUUAUUGUAGCACUCUUGUAUUUACAAUUUACAGGGAAAAGGCUGAUUUGGUGGUUUAUUUAUGGUCGUUUUGAUAGACUUUCAAUUAAUCAUUGGUCUGAAUUAAGACUAGCUUUUGGUAUUGCACACGGAGCUUGUUGUUGGCUUUUCAACUACACUAAGUCUUACAAAAGGGAAUUUUAGGAUAUCUGUUAUAUUCUGGUGAAGCUAUUUUAUGACAUUCGAUGAAGUCAUUUAAAGGGAUUUCUGUAUGGGUUUUAAUAUGAAUAUUAGUGACUUGAAAAGUGUGUCACAUUUGUUAUGAAGGUCAAGUGGAAUUAUUUGACCUUGUGGUGUCAUUCAUAAAACCUGAAUGUUGAAGAGGGAUAUUUGUAGAAAUGUUAUGAAAGAUAUAAGAUAGCAGAUUUGCUUGUUCUGUUAUAGAGGCGACAUUUAUACUUGAAACUGAUAUGAAUGAGUCCAGUUGACUUAUAUACUUAUGAAUUCUUCAAUUUGUUCUUUCAGAUUGAAUAAAAUCAGACUACGGUCUUAUAUGAUUCCAAGCGGGA